AUGUCUGCAAAACACUUUGUCAACGACCCAACGCACCUUGUCAACUCGGCCCUUGAGGCCAUCACCUUCACAAACCCCUCCCUGGCCCUCGACAAGCACAACAAGGUCAUCUACAGGCGCCCCACCCCCAAUGACUCCUCAAACCCCCAGGUGAGCAUCGUCUCCGGCGGCGGCGCCGGCCACGAGCCCUCCUUCUCCAGCAUGGUCGGCAAGGGCCUGCUGGCCGCCGCAGUAUCUGGCACCAUCUUCGCCUCCCCUUCAGCAGAGCAGAUCCGCGCCGCCAUCCAGACCCGCGUCAGUCAUGACAAGGGCGUGCUCGUCACCGUCAUGAACUACACCGGCGACGUCCUCAACUUCGGCAUGGCCGUCGAGAAGGCCCACGCCGGUGGUGUUGACGCCGAGAUGGUCGUCGUUGGCGAUGACGUCGGCGUUGGGAGGGCGAAGGCCGGCAAGGUCGGCCGCAGGGGUAUCGCCGGCACUGUCCUCGUGCAUAAGAUCUCUGGCGCCCUGGCCGCCCAGGGCUACAGCCUCAAAGACGUUGCCAAGGUCGCCAGGCUCACCGCGUCCAACCUGGUCAGCGUCGGCGCCAGUCUGGAGCACGUCCAUGUGCCCGGCCGCGCGGCGCCAAAGUCUGAUGACCCGGGCAACCUGGGUGCGAAGGAGGUUGAGAUCGGCAUGGGUAUUCACAACGAGGCCGGAAGCGGCAGGGAAGAAGUCGAGCUGCCACAAUUGGUCGGAAAGAUGCUGAAGCAGCUGCUGGACCAAGAGGACAAGGACAGGGCGUUCCUGAACGUCAACUCAAAUGAGAUCGUCUUGUUGGUAAAUAAUCUGGGUGGAGUGAGCGUCCUCGAGUUGGGAGGCAUCACCGCCGAGGUGGUCACACAGCUGCAGAAGGAUUACGGCAUCCGGCCUGUCAGGAUACUGAGUGGCACUUACAUGACGAGUCUGAACGGUCUAGGUUUCAGCAUCACUCUCCUCAAUGUCGUCAACACAGAAAUCGGUGGUCCGAGCAUGAUCCAAUUGCUGGACUACCCGUCUGAGGCAGCUGGGUGGGCAGCCCCUAUCUCCAAGGAGACCUGGGAGGAAAAGAACCAGGCGACACGGGAGGACACAUCGUCAGCAGGCGGUGAAGUUAAACCCAGCGGGCUCAAGUACGAUGCGAGCGUCGCUUCCAAGGCCCUGCAAAAAGGCCUGGAGUACGUGAUCGCAGUAGAGCCUGACGUCACUCGUUACGACUCAGUAGUCGGAGACGGAGACUGCGGUAUUGGGCUGAAGAGAGGUGCAGAAGCAAUCAUCGACCACCUGAAGACCACACCCCUGAGCGGGGACGCCGUGGUAGAUACCGGCAACAUCGUCUCCGUUGUCGAGAUGGCGAUGGACGGCACCAGCGGCGCAAUCUACGCCAUCUUCCUUAACGCGCUCGUCCACGCCCUCAGCACUCUGGCCCCGGGGGACGCGUCGCCAAAGGUCUGGGCCGAGGCCCUGAAGCAGUCCUGCGAGGCGCUCUCAAAGUACACGCCCGCACGGCCCGGCGACCGCACCCUGGUCGACGCGCUGUACCCGUUCGUCGACACCCUGGCCGAGUCCGGGGACGUCCAGAAGGCGGCCGAGGCGUCGAUAGCUGCCGCAGAGGCGACGCAGGGCAUGGUCGCGAGCCUGGGCCGGUCCGUCUACGUCGGCGGCUCGGGGUUCAAGCACGUGCCCGACCCGGGUGCCUGGGGCCUGGCGUACUUCUUCCUCGGUGUCGCAGGGCUGAGCCCACCCAAGGCGAAUGAGGAGAGCUGGGAGAAGGUGUAG